GAAACAGGUUUAAUCAAUUGUGAAUUCGAAACUAUGGCAGGGAAUUCUUCACAUGCUUCUAUGAAUCCGCCCACCACCACUCAUACUAAUACGAGAUCGGAUGCCAAUACAACUACUGUAAAUGGAAAUAAAGAUAUGGUUUGGGAAUGGGGAGUUCAAAAGGAUCCAUUAAAAAAACAAAAUAUUUGGUGCACCUUGUGUGACAAGAGAGUAUGUGGAGGGAUCACAAGGUUAAAAGAACACCACAGUCAUACGGGAGGAAAUGUAGCUGCUUGCAGUAAGGUGACUAUGGAGAUCACCAAGAAAGUGCUUGAAUCAAUGAAAGAAAUAAAUAAGAAAAAAAGGAAAGAAAAAGAACAACAAAAAUACUUAGAUCAAAAAGUUUUAUAGACCUUUCUGAAAAUGAGGACGAGCAAGAUGAUACCCCACAAGUUAAAAAAAAGAAAGUUUGUAAGUUCUAGUAAUGUACGGGUUCCUAUUGAUGAUGUUUAUAAGUCAGACCAUGGAAAAGGAAAGCAAACUACAUUGGAUAAGAAUAAUCCGAUUAAAGAGAAGUUGAAGAAGGUAGCUUGGAAAAAGAUUGCGGUUUGGGCUUAUUCGAUAGGGUUACCUUUCAAUGCCGUACGUGAUGAGGGUUUCCAAGAUGCGAUCAUUGCCAUUGGAGAAUAUGGAAGAGGUAUGCCGGCUCCAAGUUAUCAUAAUAUGCGGGUGACAUUGUUAAAGGAGAUAUUAGAAGAUACCCACAAGUUUGUGGAUUCGUUUCGACCACAAUGGAAGAAAUUUAGAUGUAGCAUUAUGUCUGAUUUUUGGACAGACGACAAGCAGAGAUCUUUGAUUAAUUUUUUAGUCAAUUGUCCUACUGGUACAGUUUUUCUAAAGUCGAUUGAUGCAUCGGAGCAUAUAGAUAAUGCUGAGUAUAUUGUGAAGAAGGUAAAUGAGGUGAUAGCAGAAGUUGGAGAGGAAAAUGUUGUGCAUAUUAUGACGAGACUUUAUGUUGCUAUUGACCGUCUUGUUCCUGAUGAAGAUGAAAAUGAUACAUUGAGACAAGAAUUGAAUCUCUACAUUGAUUUAAAUGGACAAUUUGGAUCUCCAGCUGCUAAAAGGAGUAUGACAAAACUUGCACCGUAUAUAUGGUCGCGUUCUUGUGGGAUAGAUACACCUAUCCUACGAAAUUUUGCUAUCACGGUUCUUAGUCAAACUUGUACUGCUUCACCUUGUGAACGAAAUUGGAGUACAUUUGACAAUAAUAAUGAUUGGACAAUACCAACGGAAGAUGAGCUUCAAGACUUUGUGGAUGGUGGUGAUGACCUUCUUUGGUCAGAUGUGCAAGAAGCAAUGGGAGCAAAUGUAAACGCUCAGCCAGAUAUUAGGAGAAAGCAAGAACAUUAUAGAGAUGAUGAUGAUGAUGAUGUUAUAGAUGUGGGGAAUGAUUUUGAUGAAGAAGUGAAUGCCUUGGAUGAUGUUGACUCUGAUGCCGAAUCAAUGCCGUGCGAUUAA